UCCGAAACCAUCACCCGCCACCUCCUCCAAAAAGUUACUUUCCAUUACAUCAAAGAUCAGCACUUUCAAGAUCUUGCAUGUUUAAUCGUGGGCGUCUCGUAAGGGAAAUUAGUUGCAAUUCGAUGUUUUGCGUAGAGUGAUGGCCAUAAUCAAAAAGUAGGUCUAAUGACGCAUUUGAUUUACUCAAUAGAGUUUGCAGGGAACAGGCUCGCUCUUGCAGCAUAUCCCACGUUCUCCAUGACCAAAAGCAGGCUGAAUUCUCUCGAAUUGACAGAUAAAACGUGACAUUUAUCUAACGGACCUGAUUCAAGAAAUUAACUUCAAAUACUUUUGCGCACGAUAACAGAGACUACAUAACCCAAAAUAUUAUGAUGCUAUACUUUGUGUUACUUUUCCUGCCGUAUGUCCUCAGUGUACGAACGCGAAUGGUACUCCCAAGAUAUGAAACGUUUAGUGCAAGAAAUGUGAACAGAGAUAGUCAUAAAGUCCUUACAGUAGAGGGGAAAGAAUGUCAAUUCCCAUUCCGUCAUGGAGGAAGCAUUCACCAUCACUGUAUCACCAUCAGCUUCUCCAGCUCUUGGUGUUCUCUGACGCACAACUUUGAUCGGGACUUUCUCUGGGGAUACUGUGCACCUGCGAACACUCAACCCAUUGUGUUCGUCCACUCAUCACGCAGAUUCACAGACCCUUGUCAGGUGAAUCCAUGUCAAAAUGGCGGCAUCUGCACUCUGGUCCCCCGCAGACGCUCCUUCGAGUGCUCCUGUCCAGAGAGCUUCACUGGGAGGCACUGUGAUCAGAGGAAGUGCUAUGAAACCAUACACCUGAGAUAUUACGACAUUGGAAAAUCAUGGGGAAGGAUCUACCUUCGUAACGUGGAACGGUGCACAUGUGUGGACGGGGAGAUCUCCUGUGAGAGAGUCCGCUAUACUGUCUGCAGUGAGAACCCCUGUGAGAACGAUGGUACGUGCCGACUCAUCACAGCCACCAGGGAGGAGGUGUGUGCCUGCAGGCCUGGCUACAGUGGACCCUACUGUAGCAUUGCUCCGGAGGUGGAGUGCUAUGACAACAAGGGCACAGACUACCGUGGCGUGGUGGGCACCACUGUCUCUGGUGCCCGCUUUCUGCCGUGGAGAGCGUCCCUCAGGGGCUUGGGGGAAAUCUCCUACUGCAGAAACCCAGAUAGGGACAAGAUGCCGUGGUGCUACACUCUCAGUGAUGGAGCCAUCUCCUGGGAGAAGUAUGAUAUUCCGCCUUGUGUCAUAAGUUCAUCUUCUUUGCGGAGAGUGGUUCCAUUGCCACAGCUGCCAUCGCCAGCUAAUGUCCUUCCUGACACCAACCAAACCAACCACACCAAGCCAGACAAGAAGCCUGUGUGCGGAAAGAAGAACAAUAAGAGGAUAUCGGUGGCCAGGGGUCGUAUCCUGGGUGGCAGCUCUGCCCUGCCCGGUACCCAUCCCUGGAUGGCAGCCCUCUACAUAGGAGAUGACAUCUUCUGUGCGGGUACCCUGGUCUCGUCCUGCUGGGUGGUCUCUGCUGCCCACUGCUUCUUCCGCAGUCCCCUUGUGUCAAAGAUUCGUGUGAUUCUGGGUCAGCAUAAGUUCAACGUUACGACUCCUGACACCAAAACCUUUGGAGUGGAGAAGUACAUCUUUCCAGAGCGUUUCUCUGUUUUCAAUCCAACUCUCCAUGACAUUGUUCUUGUGAAACUGAAAAAACAAGAUGGCCGCUGUGUAAAAAAGAGCCCGUUUAUACGGCCAAUCUGCCUGCCCGAUAAAGACAUGACCUUCCCGGACCAAUACUGCUGUCAGAUUACUGGCUGGGGCCACAUGCAUGAGAAGGCAAAUAAAUACACCAACCUGCAGGAGGCCGGGGUGAGGAUUGUCCCGUUUGAGAGGUGUAACCUGCCUGAAGUCUACGGCAACCAUGUGACCUCCAACAUGGUCUGUGCCGGGACCAACCGAUGUGUGGAUGCCUGCCAGGGUGACUCAGGAGGCCCCCUGGCUUGUGUGAAGGAUGAUGUCAGCUUCCUGUAUGGAGUUAUCAGCUGGGGCGAUGGCUGUGGAAAGACUGGGAAGCCUGGCGUCUACACCAAAGUCGUUAACUAUGUGAACUGGAUCAACACAAUUAUCAAGCGCAAGCCCAAGUCUAAAUAAAUGGACAUUACCGCUGGUAUUUUUUAUAUGUACUAUGUGUACAUACUGUGGAAGAAUAGUGAUAUUUACACAACUGUGAAAUAAAUAUUAUUUUGUGACCGAAUAAACAUUUUAAAUGUU